AUGCACGAGUCUUUGAAACUAUUUGUGAGCAAUGCCAUCAUGUUGUCGGAUUUCCUCACUGUUCGUGGCUACAAGGAGGUCCCUACACUACUUUCUCAGUUCGUCCUUCAUGUCGUUGGUGUUUAUAUGAAGAAACCGAAACAUUUAAAUGAGCUCAGUCGAUCAUGGACGCAGUCUAGAGAGAUCCUGCGUAUGGUCUGUGAGGUUCCCUCAAACGUCGAUACGCUGCUGUCUAUUUUAGCCACUCUUAAGGAAGCGAAUUUGAGGGGAACCGUAUUUUCAGUUGGACUAAGUGUGGUACUUUUUAUAAAAGCAAGUUUCAUCGGUGUGGUCCAAAUCCUCUACGGUAUACCUUAA